UGGCGGAAAACGGAUGUGGAAUAAAACAGCAGGCUGUUCCGGGAAUCAGCUGUAGGAGUGAAACUGUUAUCGCGCUGUUUCUGCUCACGGUCGGGCCCUAAUGCUGACGUAGCCGAGGAGAAUGUAAGGGGAUGCUGUUUUCACUGUGAGACGUGAGCCAGACACACUGUACAAUGCCUGCAGUGUCAACGGGGGUGAAGGAGCUCUACCUCUCCACUUCACUCGGGGACCUGAACAAGAAGGCAGAGAUUAAACCUGAUAAAAUCAGCACCAGACACUAUGUCCAGAGCGCGUGCAAAAUCUUCAAAGCGGCGGAGGAGUGCCGUCUGGAUCGGGACGAGGAGAAAGCCUACGUCCUCUACAUGAAGUACCUGACUGUGUAUGACCUCAUCAAAAAGAGACCAGACUUCAAACAGCAGCAGGAGUUCUUCCUGUCCAUGCUCGGGCCUACGAGCUUUAAGAAGGCCAUCGAAGAGGCGGAGAAACUGUCCGAGAGUUUAAAACUCAGGUAUGAGGAGGUGGAGGUGCGGAAGAAGCUGGAAGAGAGAGACAGGAGGGAGGAGAAAGAGAGACAGGAGGAGAAAACGAGAGCAGAAGAGAGAGAAAGAGGACGGGUGUCCCCUAAAGCGACAGAAAACAGAAGAGACAGUAAAAAGACUAAAGGGGAGCAGAAUGAUGUGAAGAGCGUCUCCUCUGCAGCCCCACCCAGUGGAGGAGUCGGUGCACAGCAGUUGUAUAACAUGAUCCGGGACUCCAGCAUGAGUGUGCUGGUGAUGGACGCUCGCAGACUCGCUGACUUCGAGGACUCCCACAUGAUGGUUCCAGGUCACAACUGCAUUAGUGUUCCAGAGGAGGCCAUCAAACCCGGGAUCACAGUGAACCAGAUUGAGCUGAAGCUGCCUGGAGCUUCUCUGCCACAGUGGAAGCAGCGGGGUAAUGUGGACUACAUCAUCUUGUUGGACUGGUUCAGCUGUGUCUCCGACCUGAAGCUAGGCACCACCUUACAAAGCCUGAAGGAAGCUCUCUUUAAGUGGGACAGUGUUACUAUCCUGCGCAGUGAGCCAAUGGUUCUGGAAGGCGGUUAUGAGAACUGGCUGCUGUUUUAUCCGAUGUUCACCUCCAACCCUAAAGUUAAACCACCGAGACAACACACAGUCAACACACUACCGCAGUUGAAUUUCAGUUACCCGUGUUUGGAGGAGCCUCCAGCUGAAAGCGCGAGUGUGUGUGUUACGGAAAGCACGGACGAGGCGGCGUGUGUGCAGGUCAACGGGAAAGUCUCAGAUGAGCCCGUCCACCCGGAGCCGACCGCACCUGAUACACGCACACACACUCCAACUCACACUCCCAACCAUACGCCUACUCACACAGCCUCCCAGCAGCCUGCUCCCAGCACCACCACUCCCUCCACCAUAAAGCAGCCUGCAGCUACAGGAAAGCCCAUUCCACAGAUCGAUCGUUCUAAAAAGCCAUCGGUUAAAGUCUCAGACGGCGGGAAAGCGAGUGAGGAAUCUGGAGCGAGAGAUGCUCCUGUUUCUGCAGCAGCGAAUGGGCCUGUGAUUCCAGACCGAUCAGUCAAACCAUCUCUCAAUCCCUCCGCUGCUGCUGAUGGCGAGGCGGAGAAAAGGAGGAAAGAAGAAGAAGAGGAGGAGGAGGAAAGGAGAAAGAGGGAGAAGGAGGCAGCAGAGAAACGUCAAAAGGAGGAGAAAGAGAAGAGUAAAGGAGAGGAAGAGCAGAAGCCAGAGCAGAGGAAACUGGAGCGACAGAAAGCGGAGGAAGAGGAGGAAGCAGAUGAGAGAGGGAAGAGGGGAACGAAGGAGCAGGCGCUGGACGGUCAGAUUAAGAGCAUGUCUCUGGACUCUCCUCUUCCAAACGCCACCGUCUCAGACAUUAAGAGGGAGCCUCUGACUCGAGCGCGGAGCGAAGAGAUGGGGAGGUCAGUGCCUGGUCUACCAGACGGCUGGAUGAAGUUCCUGGAUACAGUCACUGGGACGUACAGAUACUACCACUCUCCAACCAACCGAGUGCACCUGUACCCCCCGGAGGUGAGCGUGCCCCAGACACCCCCGGCCACGCCUCCUAUGCCCAAACAGAAGCCCGCCCAGCCUGUAGCCUCUGAGAAGGAGAAGGAGAAAGAGAAGGAGCGAGAGAGGGAGAGAGAGAGAGAACAAUCCAAACUUAAGCGCUCCUACUCAUCACCUGACAUCAGCCAGGAACUGAACAUUGAGGCACCCCGAAAACCUGCACCUACACCCACGAUUAACAGAGACACCAAACCCCCGACUGUAACCAACUACCCUAAAGUGGAAGUCGCUCGUCCAUCUGCUGCUAAGAUCCGCAACAUGAACCCAGUGUUUGGCGGUUUGGGGCCGUGCCUCACCGGCCUCCGUAAUCUAGGCAACACCUGCUACAUGAACUCCAUCCUGCAGUGUCUGUGCAACACUCCGGCCAUGGCCGAGUACUUUAACCGUAACCUUUACCAGGAAGACAUCAACAGAGCAAAUUUUCUUGGCCAUAAGGGCGAGGUGGCGGAGGAGUUUGGUGUGAUAAUGAAGGCACUGUGGUCCGGUCAGUUUAAGUUCAUCAGUCCCAGAGAUUUUAAAAUCACCAUCAGCAAAAUUAAUGAUCAGUUCUCCGGCUGCGAGCAGCAGGACUCUCAGGAGCUGCUCCUGUUUCUGAUGGACGGCCUGCAUGAAGACCUCAACAAGGCGGAUAACCGUAAGCGCUAUAAGGAGGAGGUGAAUGAUCACCUGGAUGAUGUCAGUGCGGCUGACCUGGCAUGGGGUAAACACAAGCUUCUGAACGAGUCCAUCAUCGUGGCGCUGUUUCAGGGUCAGUUUAAGUCCAGCCUGCAGUGCCUGAGCUGCCAUCGCAAGAGCCGCAUGUUCGAGACCUUCAUGUACCUGUCCCUGCCUCUGCCGUCCAGCAACAAGUGCUCUUUACAGGACUGUCUGAGGCUGUUCUCUAAGGAGGAGAAAAUGACAGGAAAUGAUAAGGUUUACUGUCCACAUUGCAAAGGCCUUCGCGAGUUCACCAAGAAACUGGAGAUCUGGAAGGUCCCACCUAUUCUGCUCGUGCACUUAAAGCGGUUCUGGUAUGAAGGUCGUUGGAAGCAGAAGCUCCAGACCUCUGUGGAUUUUCCACUGGAAAAUCUGGACCUGUCUCAAUACGUCAUCGGCCCUAAAAACGCCCUGAAGAGAUACAACCUGUAUGCUGUCUCUAAUCAUUACGGCAGUCUAGACGGUGGUCACUACACAGCGUAUUGCAAAAACACCACGAGGCAGCACUGGUUCAAGUUUGACGACCACGAGGUGUCCGAGAUGUCCGCCUCCUCGGUCAAAUCCUCUGCUGCUUACAUCUUCUUCUACUCUUCCCUCUGAGACGGCCAGCGGACGGGGUUCACCUACGUUGUUGCGGAGCUGCUGUGGGCGGAGCUUAAAGCUUGAAGCCCCAAACAAGUGGCUGACGUGGAGUUUCGUCAAGAACGAGGAUGCAAAAGCUCACACUUAUCUAUCUCUACUAUCUCUCUCUCUCUCUCUCUCUCAAUCUCUCUCUUUAUUCCUUUCGCGCUCUCUCUCUCUCUCUCUGUAGAGAAAUUAAACUGUUAAUCUGUUUUUAUUCCUGGAAGCAGGAGGGGGCGGAGCUCUUUGACUGCUAUUGCCUUUGGACACUAACAACAGGUGGGAAGCAGGCAUGUAGGUUAUCUGAUCUGGUCUGAUCUGGUCUGGUGAGGUUUGAUUAAUCACAGUUAAGACCAAUCCACAGCCAGACCAAAUCUAUCUAGAGCAGGGCAGUGAUUGAAUUUUGAUUGAAUGAUUUUCUGAGAGUUCUGAUUGGGUUUCUGGAUCUCAGAUUGGAGUUCUAAUAGUUUAAUAAUUAAUAAUAAUUAAGCUCUGAAACUCUGGAAUUCAUUCUGGAAUUAGUUUAUAAGAGAGCUGAUGAGGUGCCCAAAGCUCUGGCUGGGCGUCUAAAACAUCAGCAGGGCUUUAGAGUUGAAUUUUUCAGAGCUCUGGACAGAUCUGGUUUCAUUUGUUCUGGCUGUUUGACCAGCAGAAAGCCUCUUGUUGUUCCCGACCUGCUUCACUAAAAUCACAGUAGGGGGAUAAAAUUCAUCGACCUGCAACUCUUGCACACCGAAUAUGUACAUAAUGCUUAAUGAGAUACGUUUUUAUUUAUUUUUUAAGUGACCAAAUCUUUCCUGAGAGAUAAGAGUCGAGUGUCUGCGGAUUAGUGCAGAAACCCCGGAGAGAGAGAGGAGUCCCCCGGGUACGGACCGGAGAAAGAAAGAUGUGUAAUUCAAGUGAAUUAAGUUUAAUUCAUUAGCGUUUCCAUGUAUCCUGAGCCAUUAAUCUCCUUUAUUCUUUGGAUUAAUAUUUAGGGCUGUGUUAUUUGAGCCUAUAGAGCUUGAGUUCAUAAUCGCAGUGUAUUACCAAAUUACCAAGCUCUGUGUAAAAUCCUUUCAUGCGCGAUUUAGACCAUAGUCGGGCUCAUAUCGCUUGAUGUUCUAACCUGAAGCAGCUGUAAUCAAACACACAAACAAACAGUUACAAGUAUAUAAAUGAAACAAGUCCAUCUAUAAUGUGCUAACAUGCUGCCAUGGCAGUGCCAACCCCAAACACAAUCCCAUAAUCUCACAAUAUCAAAAAGCAAUAGUCUGGUGAAAAAUGUACAUUUGCCCAGUUUGUAUUCCCUAGAGUAUGAAGUUGAUCAGUUAAGACAUAAGUGGUUCUUAUUUCUUUUCAGAGUUUUAUUUUGUAUUAUGUAUAUAAUGCAGUGAAAGCUUACAUUUCACUAACUGUCACUGUAGUUAAGAGGCUAAUGUAGCAAGUAAUGGAGGUUUAAAAAAAGGUUAAGUCUAGUGAUGUAGACUAGUGUUUUUUAGAUGAGAAUAGUGGUUUUAUAAAGCAAUUAACACAAUUGUAAUUGUCUUGGUAAAAACUUUCAGCUACAUUAGCCUAUUAGCCUUCUAGCUGCAGUGCUAAAACUAAAGAAGCAAACUUCUCAAACUUCUGGCCGAUCAACAGUACUUGAGAUGAUGGAGGAAACUGUGUGAAAUGAUUUUUUUUUGCUAAACUAUCACUUUUCUAACAAACUGCCAUUCGUAGACUGUGCUGUGUGGCUCGCUAGCCUGAGUAACAUUGAAUCAGCCGGUGUAGCUGAGCCUGACCUGAGCUUGAUCAGUUCUGAGGCAUCACAAGUGCCCACCCCUUUACACAAACAACACACUUAUCCACUAGACAUUCUCCCCCACGGCAGCAUGAAGCCCAGCAUGAGCCUAUAGGACACGUUUCUGUUUGAAGCAUUAUAAAUGAUUCUUUUCUCCUUUCAUGGGCUGUAUACUCACACGAUUCGAUAUGUAGUUAAUCAGCUGUGAAAAUAAAGCAAACUAAGCAGUAACCUGU